AUGGUCACAAAUUAUUGCAUGACCAAUCAAAUUUUUUCUAACAUGUUUAAAUUUGACGAAAUUGAUUUUGGAUUUUGUAGAUCUGCUGAUAAACCAUUAGAAAGUAUAUAUAAGAAUCAUUCUUAUAUAGCUCCUGAAGUUAUUAAUGGAAAAGGAUAUACUUUUGCAUCAGAUAUAUAUAGUAUUGCAAUAAAUCUAAUAAAAGGAAUGAGACCACAAAUCAUACAAGGAACUCCAACAGAAUAUAAAAAUUUAAUGGUUCGGUGUUGGGAUGCUGAUUCAUUAAAGAGAUACGGUAUUGAUAUCCUCGGUGAUAAAAUUGGA